GUGGCCAACCGGAGGCUGCGUAUUUGGCGGUGGAUGCUCUGGGAUACUUGGGGCCUCUCUAGCAGUUCAUCUGGUGCAUCCCGGUUUGAAAGCUGUUCCGAGCAAUUCGGGUCCAUCUUUUUCCACGCGCGGACACUGACCCCGGGAUCCCCAGAGUCCCCGGAUCGGCGCUCGCCGGGAUCCUGCGGCCAUGAGCGUGGGUUUCAUCGGCGCAGGCCAGCUGGCCUGUGCUCUGGCGCGGGGCUUCACGGCCGCGGGCGUCCUGUCGGCUCACAAGAUAAUAGCCAGCUCCCCGGAUAUGGACCUGCCCACGGUGUCUGCGCUCAGGAGGAUGGGUGUGAAUCUGACCCGAAGCAAUAAGGACACUGUGCGGCACAGCGACGUCCUGUUCCUGGCUGUGAAGCCCCACAUCAUCCCCUUCAUCCUGGAUGAGAUUGGAGCCGACGUGCAGGAGAGGCACAUCGUGGUCUCCUGUGCAGCCGGGGUCACCAUCAGUUCUGUGGAGAAGAAGCUGAUGGCUUUCCAGCCGGCCCCCAAAGUGAUCCGCUGCAUGACCAACACGCCCGUGGUGGUCCGAGAGGGGGCCACCGUGUAUGCCACGGGCACCCAUGCUCUGGUGGAAGACGGCAAGCUUUUGGAGCAGCUGAUGAGCAGUGUGGGCUUCUGCACAGAGGUGGAGGAAGACCUCAUUGAUGCUAUCACCGGGCUCAGCGGCAGCGGGCCUGCCUAUGCAUUCAUGGCCCUGGACGCCCUGGCAGAUGGUGGGGUGAAGAUGGGCGUGCCGCGGCGCCUGGCGGUCAGACUGGGAGCUCAGGCGUUGCUGGGAGCAGCUAAGAUGCUGCUGGACUCAGAGGACCAUCCAGGCCAGCUCAAGGACAACGUCUGCUCCCCUGGGGGGGCCACCAUCCAUGCCCUGCACUUCCUGGAGAGUGGGGGCUUCCGCUCUCUGCUCAUCAAUGCGGUUGAGGCCUCCUGUAUCCGAACCAGAGAACUGCAGUCCAUGGCUGACCAAGAAAAGGUGUCUCCUGCUGCCCUUAAGAAGACCCUUCUGGACAGAGUGAAGCUGGAGUCACCCACGGUGUCCACGCUGGCCCCACCCAGCUCAGGGAAACUCCUUACAAGAAACCCCGCCCAGGGAAGCAAGAAGGAGUGAGGAGGACUCUGUAGGGUGUCCCUGUCCCCUGUAGUACAGGGAGGGGCAGGCUCAGGUCUGGGGGUGAAGCUGCUUACAUCUGUUCACCUGGUGCCACCGAGUCCUUCUCCUGUCCCGUGGCAGAAGGUGCUCUGAAGAGGCGGCUGAUGCCAGAAGUCAGCAUGCCUCUCUGAGAGAGGUGGAGGCCUUAGAGUUAGCAUCCCCCUCAGCGGAAGUCUGUGGAGAGCUUUAGUUAGAUCCGAGGCUGCUUCAGAUUGAUCUCCAGGUGAGGUGAGAGGAAACGGGAAUCCUCUGAAUUAAAAACACGCAAAGAAGCCUGUGUCUUGGUGUUGCAGGUGGAAGUGUGGGGAGUCAUCCUGUGACCUCUUGCUUAACUCUUCUGGACAGGUGACCCAUUAGAAGGUGAUGUUCAGGGCUGCUUUAAUAAAGAUCUUAUUUAUUUUUGA